AUGCACUCCUCGGACUCCGGGAAGCUGAGGAUACACGCAUUGCUGAAUCCAACAACCGACGGCAACCAUUACGACGACGCACACUCAAGCCACUCACCCUUCGGGCCAGCAACUAUGAGGAACGGCUCGCCACUGCCAUCUAGCCCUACACCACAAGCAACACCCAAUCCAACAACACUCAAGCGACAAAAGCUUGUGAAGGACGGAGCCGUCUUUGAGCGUGGCCCACUGAAAGCACCCAACAACUUCCCACCGUACGAAUGCGGCGAGCCUAGCGCCGUCCUCACAUCGGAGCAACAACUCGAACUCGCCGAAAAGCACAAGCUCUUCCAGAUCUUCCCAACCGGUGUUCGAUCGGCCGACGAUGGAUUGAUCAGCGAGUUCCCGCGUCGCAUUCCAUACUCUAGCGACAAGAAAGACUUUCUGGAAAAGACCGGGAAAGACGCAGUCGAUGGUAUGUGCCAAUUGCUCACCACACUUCGCACCAAUCCUGCGCUAACCCGAAUGUAACAGUAUUCCAAUACACAUUCAAAGUCCCUGGUAAGAGUGGAAAGGAAUGGGUGGUGAUGUGGGACUACAACAUUGGCCUCGUGCGCGUUACACCUUUCUUCAAGGCCUGCGAGUAUGGCAAGGUGAGUGAUCGCCCUGUGUUUACCACUACAGCCCCGCUGAUGACUUUCAGACAAUACCCGCCAAAUCCCUGAACGUGAACGGCAACUUGAAGGAGAUCACCUUCUCCCUUACCGGCGGCGCCCUUGCAGCACAGGGCUACUGGAUACCUUUCCAAUGCGCUCGCGCCAUUUGCCAAACAUUCUGCUACAAUAUUCGCUGGGCGCUAACGCCAGUUUUUGGCCCAUCGUUCAUCAAGGAUUGCAUUCCUCCUGGCCACCGAGACUUCGCCCGCUUCAAAAUCGACCCAGAGCUGAUGCGUUGUGCGCACUUGGAAGCAGCAACAUGGAAGACAGGAGGCCGGCAUGAUACGCCAAUGGCUUCGUACGGAUACCAAGGAAUACCACGCAGUGCACCGGAGGACAGCACAGCGGACAAGCAUUUCCUGUCGCAGGCGAGCAAGCCCACGUUCAAGGCAGGCUCGCCGUUCGACGAGCGUAACUAUACACACUCGCCGCCGACCAUCGAGUCGCCAGCACUCUCUCCAAAGAGUAUUCGAGGUGUGCCUCAACCUUCUCAAUGGACGAGCAUCAACAGCUCUCCCACAGCAAGUGCUCGUCUUCCAGCGCCUAUGCCCCCGGCCUCUCUGAAUCGUUUACUGCUCGAUGAGCCUCGUUACUCACCCAUCACCACCUGGCGGGCCACAGACAUUGCCGCUCGCAACGAGACAUCGUCACCUAUGCCAACCUGGUCGCCGGAAGGUGCGCAUACCCGCACUCGAGCCCGCAAGCGUCGUAGCACCUCCGUCAUACCAUCCUAUGCCGAACCGGCUUCCUCGCCUUCCUCGAAAGAUGACAACGAAGACCCCAACAUCGGGUCCGCACCACUGACAUCCAAAAAGAGGAAGAUGUCGCCACGAGCGAGGGACAAUGCGGAGGGAGCGAAGCAGUGGAAAGGUCCGACCGAAUUCAGCGCCGAGGAUGCUAACGCCGCCCGCUUGCUUCUGAGCCUCCAUACUAAGGACGCUGAGCUUGCCUCGACUGGCCCGAACGUGGUUCGUGAUGAGAUGAGACGACGGGACAAGCGUUCGAAGCAGUAG